AUGAACUUGAAGAAUCUUCUCGGCGGCUUGAAAGCUAGAAACUGCAAGGUACCGGCGGUGGUGCCCCGCAACGCGUCGCUUGCUGUUCACGCCACACCGACCGCGACGGAGGACAACACCUUCGACGCGCUGGUCGACAGACUACGUAUCCCGCAGAGUGCGUUGGGGAAUACCAGCCAGGUCUCUUCGAGAAGAUCACUAACUACCAACCUUGCGACGGGAGGCUGCGUGGAGCAGCCUGUGCUGUUCCAGCCUAAGCCUCGCCGCUGGGAUGCAAACCCACAUUGGAUCAAUGACACAGCCUUUGACAAGGCACUCUUCCCCGUUGCCAAACCCGCCGCCGACAUCGUUGACUUCGCCGCACAUCCCGCCCUUUACCCGGUCACCCAGAGACUCUAUUCUCAGGUCAUCUGGUACCGCAUUGAGGUGGCUGACUGGCCGCCUUUCCGUUCCACCCCGCGCUUCGACCCCUUCGAGGACGAUCAAGGCGACGAUAGGCCCAAUGCUCCGAGCCACACCAUGUCCCUCAAGUCGGCCGAGCUCUCUCCCGUGUCGUCGAGCGACGAAUUGCCUGCCGUCACCACCCCAAUUGAUGAGGUCCCGCCAUCCGCUUGCGGGUUGGACGACGAGUGCGUCAGGAAUUCUACCACUGCAAUGGUGGCACGGCCACAUAGGAGGUAUGGACGACUGAUGGGGCCGCGACCGAGACCAGAGACCCGCGGCGAGCGGGACCGUCGUUUGGCCGCCGCAGGCCCCCCUCCAGGCCUUCCGCCUCCGCGCAUGACGGCACCGGCGACCUCCGACUCCAACUCCCUCGCAUUCCUAACAGAGACCCACGAGGAGCGGACUCACCGACUGAAAGACGUCGGGCCGCCUCCAGGUCUCCCGCCUCCCCGCAGGAGCGUCGUGACGGCACGGUUUGCGUCAGCUGGCGAGACGCGCGAGGACAGAGAACGCCGACUCGCUGAUGUAGGCCCGCCUCCGGGUCUGCCACCUCCGCGCAUAAGGGCGGCGACGACGCUCGAAUUCGCCUCGGUCGGAAUGGUAUCGAAGAUCCCUGAGGAGCGGGCUCUUCGCCUGAAGGAUGUCGGUCCUCCUCCCGGUCUCCCGACUCCCGGUCUCCCGACUCCCGGCAGACGUAUCGCGACGAAGGCGAGAUCUGCGGCAGGCCAAGAGACUCCCGAGCAGCGUGCCCGUCGUCUGAAAGAUAUUGCUCCCCCUCCAGGUUUGCCUCCUCCACGUACAAGAGAGCAAGUGGUCUCGGAGUUCGGCGUCGGCGGGGGCGGUAGCGCGACCCACAACACGAUGAACUUGAAGAAUCUUCUCGGCGGCUUGAAAGCCAAACAGGGCAAGGUACCGGCGGUGGUGCCGCGCGACGCGUCGCUCGCUGUUGACGCCACACCGACCGCGACGGAGGACAACACCUUCGACGCGCUGGUCGAUAGACUACGUAUCCCGCAAAGCGAAUUAGGGAAUACCAGCCAGGUCUCUUCGUCAAGAGUACUAAUUACCAACCUCGCUAUGGAAGGCUGCGUAGAGCAGCCUACGCUAUUCCACCCUAAGCCUCACGGCUGCGAUGCACAUCCGCCUUGGGUCAAUGACACGCACUUCGACCCGGCACUCUUUCCCAUUGCCAAACCGGCUGCUGCAACUCUUGACUUCGCCGAACAGCCCAGUCUCUACCCCAUUACCCAAAAGCUCUAUUCCCAGGUCAUCUGGUAUCGUAUCGAGGCGGCCAACUGGCCCCCCUUCCGGUCCACCCCGGUCUUUGACCCCUUCGGAGACAACAAAGACAACGACGUGCCCGAUGCUCCGAGCGACACCGCGUCCCCCGAGUCCGCCGAUCCCUCGCCCGCGUCGUCGAGCGAUGAGUUGCCCAGAGUAUCCACGCCAGCCGACGAGGUCUCGCCUUUAUCUGUUUGCGGCCAUGACGCGCACGGUCGGCCACGGCUAAAUAAUGCAUGCCCAGUGACGCCCGGGAAUGCUCCUGAGUAUGCGAGCAAGCCCACGACUGCAGCGGUAGCACGGCUGCAGCAGAGCUACGGACGUCCGAAGGGGCCACGGCCGAGACCAAAGACCCGCGGCGAGCGCGAACGCCGUUUGGCCGCCGCAGGCCCCCCUCCAGGCCUUCCGCCUCCGCGCAAAAGCGCACCGAUGAUCUCCGACUUCAACUCCCUCGCAAUCCUAUCAGAAACGCGCGAGGAGCGGGCUCGCCGACUCAAAGACGUCGGGCCGCCUCCGGGUCUCCCGCCCCCGCGCAGAGCGGGAUUUGCACCGGUUGCUGAGACACGCGAGGAGAGAAAACGCCGCCUCGCUGCUAUCGCCCCGCCUCCGGGUCUGCCACCUCCGCGCAUAAGGGCGGCGACGACGCUCGAAUUCGCCUCGGUCGGAAUGGUAUCGAAGACCCGUGACGAGCGGGCUGUUCGCCUGAAGGAUGUCAGUCCUCCUCCCGGUCUCCCGACUCCCGGCAGACGUAUCGCGAUCAACGCGAGAUCCGCGGCAGGCCAAGAGACCCCCGAGCAGCGUGCCCGUCGUCUGAAAGAUAUUGGUCCCCCUCCAGGUUUGCCUCCUCCGCGUACAAGAGAGCAGGUGGUCUCGGAGUUCGGCGUCGGCGGGGGCGGUAGCGCGACGUGCGUAAGGAGACGAGGGGCGAUAUCGAGUUAUCACUAG